ACCGCACGAAAUUUCAGCGUAGUUUGAAAUUCAUAGAAACACAACGCGCGCUGACUGAUCUGGAGUGACGCCAGACCGUUGAUUCCACUUUAGUCUAUGGCAGUCCAGAGAUCUUCUGAGGAAUCAACUAUGGACGCUGAUUCUACAUCCGUCAAGGUGGCUGUGAGGAUUCGACCUCAGAGUGCUAAGGAGAAAGCAGAGAUGAAUCAUAUAUGUACUACAGUGACCUCAAAUGAACCGCAGAUAGUGAUUGGAAAAGACGCUAUGUUUACUUAUGACCAUGUUUUCAAUAUGAAUGCUUGUCAGGAUCAUAUUUUUCAAACUUUGGCAAAACCACUAAUUGAUGGUUGUAUGGAUGGAUAUAACGCAACAAUAAUAGCUUACGGUCAGACGGGCUCCGGCAAAACAUACACUAUGGGUACAGGUUUCGAUUUUAGUUGCAGUCACACGGAUGCUGGCAUCGUUCCUCGUGCUGUACAGUAUUUAUUUGCUAGCGUAGCAAAGCGUAGAGCUGAAGCCGCUGCAAAAGAACAGCCAGUUCCUGAAUUUAAAGUUGUCGCCCAAUUCUUAGAGCUUUAUAAUGAGGAGUUGGUUGAUCUACUUGAUUCUGAAAAGAUUCAAAAGCCUCAUCUAAGACUCCAUGAAAACGCACAAGGAGAUAUAUAUUUAACCGGUGUAUCUACUAGACUCGUAUCAAGUUUGGAUGAUGUAAGUUUUAUUACUUAG